UAUAAAAAUCUUAAUUUCGUCGAUUCCAGAAUUUGAUGCGCGCGCCUUUAGUGUUCCAUGUUUCUAAACAUGGCAGGUCGAAGUGGAUACGAUGAUGUUAAUCCCAGGGAUUAUGGUGGCGGUGGCGGCAGAAGAACUCUCGGUGGCCGCCCUCUGCCUUCCGAGCCACCUUACAAGGCUUACGUCGGGAAUUUGCCCUCUGGAAUUAUUCAAGGCGAUAUCAAUAGGAUUUUCCCUAACCUAGCUAUAAAAAAUGUAAGGUUGGUGAUGGAUAAAGAGACAGAUAAGUUUAAAGGAUUCUGCUAUGUGGAGUUUGAAUAUCUUGAGGACUUGAUAAGAGCAAUUGAAAUGAGUGGCGUUCUCAAAGUAGAGGAUAACUUUAUUAAAAUUGAUGUGGCUGAAGAAAAAAGGAGUGAUCGGGGAGGUUUUGAUCGCGGUCGGCGGGACGGUGGGCGCGAUGGCGGGCGCGAUGGUGGGCGGGGCGGCGGCGGCGGCGGAUUCCGGCGGGAUGGCGGCGGCGGCCGCGGUACGUACGACCACUUCGAUGGGCUCGACCGCCGUGCGCCGCGCCAUCAGGGUGGAGGGCUGCCACAUGACCGUGAACGAGGCGGUGGUGGAGGUGGCGGCGGCGGCGGUGAGCGGUGGGCCGAGCGCGGCGAGCGGUGGGGCGAGCGAGGCGAGCGGGAGCCGGGCCGGGCCUCGCGCGGCUCCAGCGAGGAGCCCCGCGCCGGCGACUGGGGCCGCAUGGGGGCGCGCCAGCCCGCGCCCGCGCCGCGCCAGCCGCCCGCACGACGCAACUUUGACGACAUGCCGGCCUCGCGCCCAGGGAGCUCGGACACGUCCGCGCGGCCCAAGCUGAAGCUGGAGCCGCGCACCGUGACGGAGCCGCUGAACUCGCUCGCGUCGACCAGUCAGGCGCACUCGAUAUUCGGCGGCGCGCGGCCGAGGGAAGAACGACUCAAGGAACUGGCGGGCGAAUAGACGCCUUACUUACCUCCUUUAAUACCGCGUACUCUCAUCUCCCGGUCCCGUGUGUAUAUGUAUCGUCCCGAAGCCCGCUGCCGAUCCUCUAUGUGUGCCCCGAUAUUUACAGCAGUCUCCUGUCUCCGAUUGAUUGCAGUGCGAUAAAAUUGUAAAUGGACUGCAAACAUUUUGUUAGGUUAUAUGAGGUUGUAAAUCAUUUUUAUCGUAUAUUUUGUUAGCUUUAUUAUGUGUAUCGAAAGAUAGCUUCUUAUUAUUUUUACGCCGCUCCGCCUCGUUUUCGAGCCGGGGCUCGGCGUGUCGCUUGGUUAAUCCGCAGUAUUUAAAUUGCUAGUAUGUAUUGUUUGUCUCAUUAUAAGAUUUAUCCGGGCUUGUGUGUACAUACGAUAUCGGCUCGCAUAAUAUUAAUUAAUUUUUCGAAAUUAGACUUUGAAGAAAAAUAUUUUUUGUUCCUCAUUUUUGGGUUAUGUGUAUUGAAAUAUUGUAAUAAUUAUUUUAUUUUUACUAUAGCAUUGUGUCGAUGGAGGUUCGUUACCGAAUCUCUGUUGUUUUUUUUUUCAUUUAUUAUUUGUUUAGUUUGUUAGGUCAUGAAAAUUAAUCAUUGAACGAGUAAUUAUGAUUCAUAAUUUAAGAGUUGAGAUAAUAUGGUGAUGUAAUUACGGUGUCAUUAAUAAAAUUAACUUCCACGUACUUGAAUUUCUACUUUAUUACAUAAUUGUGUAAUGGCAAGUAUCGUGGCAAAGAAAAGAAAAAAAAUCGCAAAAUUGUAACAGAACAUAGAAAAACGAAUAAAAAGUGAAUUCUUUGUAA